GUUGACGAUGAUGUGUCAAACAGUGUAAGGGCACCGCAUGGCGAUGGGUAUUCUGAGCUGUUAAUGGGGACAUGGGACACCCGUUGUCUGGGAUCACUUGUGUGGAUUUUUCCGGCGAGGAGCAACAGAAGCUGCCUAGUAAGUCGCCAAGACCUACAACAAGAACUCUACGGGAAAGGGCAUAAAACCUUGUUAUUUUAAGUUACAUCUGGGAGAAUGUCUGAGCAAGGAGACCUGAACCAGGCCAUAGUAGAGGAAGGAAGGACGGAGCAGGAGGCUGCUCCAGAGAAUGGCAUAGUAAAAUCAGAAAGUCUGGAUGAAGAGGAGAAGCUGGAACUACAGAGGCGGCUGGCAGCUCAGAACCAAGAGAGAAGAAAAUCCAAGUCAGGAGCUGGAAAAGGUAAACUGACCCGGAGUCUUGCAGUCUGUGAGGAGUCAUCGGCCAGACCAGGGGGUGAAGGUCUUCAGGAUCAGGAAUCAAUUCAUUUACAGCUUUCCAGUUUGCCCAGCCUGCAAGAGGAGGAUAAAUCUAGGAAAGAUGACUCUGAAAGAGAAAAAGAAAAGGAUAAAAACAAAGAUAAAACCUCUGAAAAACCCAAGAUCAGAAUGUUAUCCAAAGAUUGCAGCCAAGAAUAUACGGAUUCCACAGGCAUAGACUUACACGAGUUUCUGAUUAACACUUUAAAGAAUAAUUCCAGGGACAGGCUGAUACUCUUGAAAAUGGAGCAGGAAAUUAUUGAUUUCAUUGGUGACACCAAUAACCAUUACAAAAAGUUCCCCCAGAUGUCUUCCUAUCAGAGGAUGCUGGUCCACCGGGUGGCAGCUUACUUUGGAUUGGAUCACAAUGUGGAUCAGACAGGAAAAUCUGUAAUCAUCAACAAGACUGGCAGCACCAGAAUACCAGAGCAAAGGUUUUGUGAACAUUUAAAAGAUGAAAAAGGUGAAGAAUCCCAGAAGCGGUUUAUCUUGAAGCGAGAUAACUCUAGUAUUGAUAAAGAAGACAAUCAGUCAGUUUGCUCCCAGGAAAGUCUUUAUAUGGAAAACAGUAGGCUCUUGGAAGACAGUACCAUAUGCAAUGAGAUCUAUAAGAAAAGACAGCUUUUUCGGGGCAACAGAGACAGCUCAGGGAGGACAUCAGGGAGUCGGCAAAGCAGCUCAGAGAACGAACUCAAGUGGUCUGACCACCACAGGGCCUGGAGCAGCACAGACUCUGACAGCUCUAACCGCAACCUACGGCCUACCAUGACUAAGACGGCGAGUUUUGGGGGCAUCACGGUGCUGACCAGGGGUGACAGCGCAUCCAGUACCAGGAGUGCCGGGAAGCUGUCCAAAACAGGUUCUGAGUCUUCCAGCAGUGCAGGUUCUUCGGGAUCACUGUCCCGUACCCACGCCCCUCUCCAGAGCACACCCCUGGCCUCCACCUUGGCAACUGGAUCCCCUGGCUGUUUGCCCUAUGCAGAGAAUGGAAUGGGAGGCCAGGUCCCUCACAGCAGCACCAGCUACAUCCUCCUUCCACUUGAAGCUGCCACGGGCAUCCCUCCUGGAAGCCUCCUUCUUAAUCCACAUACAGGUCAACCCUUUGUGAAUCCAGAUGGAAGUCCUGCAAUAUACAACCCACCGGGCAGCCAGCAGCCCCUACGCAGCACAGUAGUGGGGCAGCCCACACAGCAGCCCCCACAACAGCCGUCACCUCAACCUCAGCAGAUGCAGCCGCCGCAGCCCCAGAUGGCAGGCCCUCUGGUCACUCAGUCUGUCCAGGGUCUGCAAGCCAGCUCCCAGUCCGUGCAAUAUCCUGCGGUGUCUUUUCCUCCACAGCAUCUUCUGCCUAUGUCUCCAACACAGCACUUUCCUAUGAGAGAUGAUGUAGCAGCCCAGUUCAACCAGCUGAGUCUAAGCAGGCAGUCCUCUGGAGAGACUCCGGAGCCACCAUCCGGUCCUGUCUAUCCACCCUCCCUCAUGCCACAGCCAGCCCAGCAGCCAAGCUAUGUCAUUGCUUCAACAGGCCAGCAGCUUUCCACAGGGGGGUUCUCGGGCUCAGGCCCUCCCAUCACCCAGCAGGUCCUUCAGGCCCCACCCUCUCCACAAGGAUUUGUGCAACAGCCUCCACCAGCACAGAUGCCUGUAUAUUACUAUCCAUCUGGGCAGUACCCUACCUCAACUACACCACAGUACCGGCCCCUGGCCUCCGUUCAGUACAGUGCUCAGAGGGGUCAGCAGGUGCCACAGGCAGCCCAGCAAGCAGGUUAUCAGCCAGUCCUGUCUGGACAGCAGGGGUUCCAAGGCCUGAUGGGAGUACAGCAGCCUCCUCAGAGUCAGGGUAUGGUGAACAAUCAGCCAGGAGCUCCUGUGCAAGGCAUGAUGGUCUCCUACCCAACCAUGUCCUCUUAUCAGGUGCCAAUGACCCAAGGGUCUCAAGGAGUGCCCCAGCAGACAUACCAACCACCAAUCAUGCUGCCUAACCAGGCAGGCCAGGGGUCACUCCCAGCCACCGGAAUGCCUGUGUACUGUAAUGUCACACCGCCAACCCCUCAGAACAACCUUAGGCUGCUUGGUCCACACUGCCCCUCCAGCACUGUCCCUGUGAUGUCUGCCAGCUGCAGGACAAACUGUGCAAGCAUGAGCAACGCCGGCUGGCAGGUCAAAUUCUGAACGCAGUGGCUGAGGUGCAUUUCUUCAGAUAUUACUCAAGGCCUUUAUGGAAAAAGAGGAGCAAGUUGGGAACACAGACUGAGGACUUAAGUAUUCACUCAACACUCCAGUGUUUGCUGCUGGUAUUCUCCUGUAAAAAAUAAAAAAAAUAAACAAAGACUAAUACACACUUUAGCUGGUUAAUGGUGCAUAUUUCUGUCAUGUCUGCUAGGUAUGCCUUUAUAGCUUAGCUAGUGACAUGAAUUCAUCAAGGUAAGAUUUUCUCCUACCACUGAAUACCACUGUGUAGAUUACAAUAUCACCGAUUCGGAUUAGUUUUGUACUUUGUGUUGAGUUUGUGAUGCUAAAAGUAUUUAAAAAUUAUAUUCUAAAUCGCACUGUACCAAAGCUGUAAUGGAAAAGAGAAGAAUUGAUGAAUGGAAGGAAUAAUUUAUAUAUCCUAUAGAGUUUUCUUUUUUUAAUGGAUAUAUACUGUAUUGUAGUGUUUAACUGAAAUAAAAUUAUUUGACCUUAUGGAGGAAGGUCAUGUUUUUACCACCAGUUUGAUUCA